GGUUCUUAUAUGAAAUGAUGGCUCUUUCAUUUCAUGGGAAGAAGCAAAAGCAUUUAUGCCAAAUGUGCCUGAGACAAGAGGGGAUAUAGAACUCCAUUUGCUGCUAAAUGCCAGAGCUGCUCUCUUCUUAUAUUUCCCUGCCCUGAUCACAUGGCAUGCAUGCUCUUUGUUAUGAUGGGAAUUUGAGCCCCAAUUUGUUCCAAUCCCCAAAAAAAUAUAACCACAACUGAAAGAAAAAAAAAAACCACUUUAUGUUGUUUUUUUAAGCUUUCAUCUAUGGAGGCCACUGAAAUUUAGCAAGAAUCCCCUUUCAUUUUUUUAUCUGAGAUUCUUCCCUUUGUUUCCUUUUUCUUCAUUGAAUAGGAAGAAAACCAUUUAAUUUACUCUACUUUUCAAGCUCAUAGUGAUUUUCAAGACAAACGUCUGUUUCAUAGCCGGAAUUACUGACCUACUGAAAGUUAUUUUUGAGUGAAGUUUGUUUCAUAGCCGGACUAUCAGGUGAUUAAUUUAGUUCAUUUGCUAUAGAGCAAAGUAAUGCUGAGGAACAGAUCCAGAACAGUGACCAGCAAGCAACCUCUAAUGGCGGAUUCUCAACCGUCUCUAACUCAAAAAAACUACUCAAAAAGCCCAUCCUUCUUCGACUCUCCAAGAUUCAGAGGCUUCACGAUGAAGGGCAGUUCCGAAACCGAUUCAAAUUUGAUCAGCCCAACUUCAAUUCUUGACACCACCAAGCCAUUCCCCUUCGGAAAAAACCCGUUUUCGGGUGACCAAAUCCAACCCAAAACCCCAAAAAUUCAACCCGGAAACAAACCCUUUUGGGAGAAAUCUGAGGCCAAAGGCAUUGGCCUUGCUCUGGUUCAAACACUCAAAGAUGAAAACUUGGAAGACAAAAAUUCAAAAACCAGUAACCGUAAGGUCCUGUUUGGCACUAAGCUCAGAGUUCAAAUCCCCAAGACUUUGAAUUCCCAGUUUUCAGAAACUGGGUCUGUUAACUCUGGCAUCCAAACAGAGAACCCGAAUUCGGGUUCAGGGUCUGGUUGUGUGAGUGAGAGAAGUGAAAUGGAGCUUUCUGAGGAUUAUACUUGUGUGAUUUCUCGUGGGCCGAAGCCGAGAACGACUCACAUAUUUGAUAACUGCAUUGUGGAAAGUUACCAUACUUUGUCGGAUCAGUCGAGCUCCGGUUCUGAGAAUUUCCUUAGCUUUUGUUACACAUGCAGGAAGAAUCUUGAGCAGAAGAUUGACAUCUACAUUUACAGAGGCGAGAAGGCGUUUUGCAGUCAAGAAUGCCGGUACCAAGAAAUGCUCUUGGAUGAAGUUGGGAACACACAACUUGAUGAUACAUUUAGGAGUUGUUCUUGAAUGAUUGAUUUUAGAGACAAAAAAUGUUAGGUCUUCCUAUUUAAUCCUUUUUUAUGUUUUCAUACCCUCUCCACUGCAGAUAAAGAUAAGAGAGGAUGAGGUAUUCUAAGUUUGUAGAGUUCUGAGUUUUUUAAAUUAAUGACUUAAUGUCCUAUGAUUAUGAUAAGUCGUUAUAUGUUUUACGUUU